AUGCCGAACAAGAAAAAAAAGUAUAAUGCCAGGUUCCCGCCGGCUCGGAUAAAAAAAAUCAUGCAAACAGAUGAAGAUGUGGGUAAAGUAGCGGCCGCUGUUCCUGUUAUAAUUUCUCGGGCCCUCGAGCUAUUCAUCGAGUCUCUGAUCAUGAAAGCCAGUCAAACAACCCAAACCCGACACGCUAAGACCCUCACUACAGCACACAUAAAACAGACAAUCGAAGCAGAGAAAAAGUUCGAUUUUUUACGUGAUUUGGUCGUCAAUAUUGCAGACCACCAAACAGAAGAGGAAUCUGAAGGAAAUGGCCCGGCUUCGAACUUGACUGAAACUGGCAGGAAAUUCGGGCGAAUUGUUGGUAGUCGUGGACCUCGAAAGAGAAAAGAUUCUGUAACAAGUCCCGCUUCUGAUAAUAUUCGACGUUCGAAACAGGAAGAGGAUAACAAUAAUGAAGAGACAGAUGAGGCAGAAAGCGAAGAAGAACAAGACCAAGAUCAAAAUCAGACUGAAGAAGCAACCACAUCUUCCUGUUUAAGGGGUGACGAGGAAAGUCCCGUCCCCAGUAGCAAUGGUUUCCCACCAACAUCAGUACCUCCCGGAUGUCAUUCCUUAGGCCAACUGUCCUCCCAAUUCAAAGUCCCGGCCCUAUUUUCCACAACUCCUUUAUCUAGAUUGUUUUUACCGCCUGGACAAAUUCAAGGACAGCAAGAAGACGAUGAUUACGAUACAUGA